AUGUCACAAGUCAUCACAGAUUUAACACAACUGGCUUUCACGCUUCGUGACGAUGCCAUCAAUUUUCUGCCACAAUUACGACAAACGAAAAAACUCUCUCCCAAUCAAUUAACUCUUCUCAACAUUCUUCAUCUUGUACCAUAUUUAUUUUCAUUUUUCGCUCCGAAUUUGUGCAUGUGGAUUUGGGGUUUUCCAUCAUCAUCCGCAUCUUCCGAAGGGGCUGACAUCAUCUUGGAGGUACCAUCAGCUCUCAUCCGACUCAAUUCUGUAUUUGCUUUGGGAUUGAUUUUUGUGAAUUUAUUGCAACGUAAAUUACAAAUGGAAUUUAACAAGAAUCCACAACCAUCCACAGUCAUUUCGGAAAUAUUUAUCAUGAUGGGCCUUUAUUUUGCAACAAUGGCUUUGACAAAGGUGUUGAAUGUAUUUGGCAAUUUUGGAUUUCAUAUAUUGAUUUCUGUAUUUCAAAUCUUGUAUUAUUUGGUAUUUAGUUUUCAUAACAUGUUACAUGGAGGUUUACUUCAAGUGAAGGAGAAGGAUCAUUAG